ACUCAAGUCUACGUUGGUUUUACAUUUAAACUCUGCUUCAUCAUUGAAAGGCAUCAGGGGAAUUAGCUGGGACACUUAUCAUUUUAAAACUGAUUUUUUUUUUCUUACUUUUGACAGAAACAAUGGAAAAAGGUAAAGGACCUCCUCCUGAUGACUUUUCUAACAUCCCAGCACCACCGUAUCCUGGUCCCCCUUUGGACCAAAGUGUGCCAGUGUACCAGCCUCCACCUGCUGCUGGUGCUGCCCCCCAACCUGUGGCACAGCAAUAUCCCCAACAACAUCCUCAGCAAUAUCCACAGGCUGUUCAAGUGUCUUACCGAUACUCCGCACAGCAGGUUGUGCAGCCAGUAAACCAGGUGGUGGUGGUUCAGCAAUUGCCUACAGAUGUUCCCGGACAGAUGUUAUGUCCCCACUGCCAAAACACAGUUGUGACAAAAAUUGAUUAUAAAGUAGGAGCUCUCACCUGGAUCAUCUGCGCCGUACUGGGAGUUUUUCUGUGCUGGCCUUGCUGUUUAAUCCCCUUCUGUGUGAACAGCUGCAAGGAUGUGGAACAUUCCUGCCCCACUUGUAACAAGGUCCUGCACAUCUAUAAGCGCAGGUGA